UACAGCACCAAUGAGGAGGGGAACAAUUUACAGAAGUUAAAAAGGUACUCCUAGAGAAUAUUUUGUCAUGAUAUAACGACAGAGGUAUCCCGUAUGCACGAUAGACGAUAUAUUCUCUGGCUUCCCUAAUCCAAUAAGCUAAUUUGAAAGUGGGGUGGUAUGGAGUCAUUCGGCUUUUUACAAUCGAGUACUCCCCAGAUAUGUACCUACCACAAGUUUUACGUUGUCACACUACCAUCAUUAUUCCUCCAACCACCUUGUGGUUUCCUGAUAGCACGAAUCUGCAAAAUGGACAGCCAAGUUACAACCUCGACUGAGAACUCCAACCCUGUUGUCUUUUUUGACAUCACUCUAGGUGGAGAGCCACUGGGACGUAUCAAGAUGGAAAUCUUUACCAGUAUCACACCCCGAACAGCAGAGAAUUUUCGCCAGUUCUGCACAGGAGAAAGCAAGAAUUCCCAAGGACGGCCACAGGGAUAUAAGAAUAGCAAAUUUCAUAGAGUCAUCAAGGAUUUCAUGAUACAGGGUGGUGAUUUUGUCAAUGGCGAUGGCACAGGUUCUUGUACCAUCUAUGGCGCUCCACGAUUUCCAGAUGAAAAUUUCAUUUUGAAGCAUGACCGUCCAGGGCUACUAAGCAUGGCAAAUUCUGGACCCAACACAAACGGUUGCCAAUUCUUCAUUACAACAACUGCGACGCCGUUCCUUAAUAACAAACAUGUGGUGUUUGGACAAGUAGUGGAAGGGAUGGACGUUGUGCGAAUGAUUGAAAACAUUCGCACAACUAGGGAUAAACCCAAUCAAGACGUUACCAUUGUUCAGUGCGGGGAGAUGUGAUACUUGAUCAAUCAACCGGUUCGAACCUAAUAUAUGAAGCUAGGGUGAUUCCUAUAUUCUUUACGUGUCGUGAUCUUCUGGGCUCUAUCUAUAGC